AUGAUCCCGUCGCUGUUCCCACCGGCUCUGCAAAUAGAACUGUUGUCUCGUUUACUGCAUCGCGAUGUAUCUAAUCCGGACCACCAAUCCAAUAUUCAUUUGCACUACGAUGUCACAUAUCCGCGGCCGGUGGAUAAGGAUGAGACGCAGUCCGAGAGUAGUUCAGUAGAUGCUCGAACCCUGUCCUUCUUCGAAGACGACCAGACCCGCCUGAUAUAUCCUCUAGACGCAACGGUGCACAAGCCGCUUGCUGUCAGGGACAUCUUGGAUAAGAAGCUCCGGUGGAUCACCCUCGGUGGCCAAUACAACUGGACAACCAAAGAAUACCCAGAAGAGCGCCCUCCAGUCUUCCCGGAGGAUAUUGCCAACCUGCUGCGCGCGUCCUUUCCAAAGACAGAUGCUCAGGCGGCGAUCCUGAAUCUCUAUACCCCGGGAGACACCUUGAGCCCCCACCGCGAUGUCAGUGAAGAAUGCGACGUGGGUCUGAUCAGCAUCAGCUUUGGCUGCGAUGGCUUGUUCCUAAUCAGCCAUGACGAUGGCACCGGCUGCGACAUCAUUCGACUCCGCUCCGGAGACGCUGUGUAUAUGGAUGGCACAUCCCGUUUUGCGUGGCACGCAGUGCCUAAGAUCAUUCCCGAUACUUGUCCAGACUGGCUAGCCGAUUGGCCGGUAUGCUCUGACGAGAAGGAUUCAUCGCAAUAUCACGCCUGGAAGGGCUGGAUGUCGCGGAAGAGAAUUAAUUUAAACGUCCGGCAGAUGGCGUCAUGA